AUGCGCAAAAUUAUAUUUAUGUUUAAAAUAUUCUAUAAAUGGAUUGUGACUUCGAGGCCGAAACAAAAAAAGGUUGAAGAAAAGAAAAUGGCGCUUAUUUUUGAAGAUAUGGAUCUGGAGAAGGAGUAUUCUGCAAGCAGGUGGUCGACCAGAUUUAAUUCCGCGCAAGAAGUUCUACACCACCACGUUGCCUUUGUUACUGCAGCAAGCGAGACGGCUGUCAACAAUGUACCACAUAAAUUGGAGAUCGAGUACGGGUCAACGUUGGGGCAAAAACUGGACAUUUUGGGCACAGAUCUUCCAGACGAUGCGCCAAUACUAGUCUUCAUACAUGGUGGCUACUGGCAGGAGUUAUCCAGAGAAAUUUCCAGAUAUCCAGCGCUCCCAUUAUACAAUUCCAGAAUCAAGACCAUAGUUGUUGGUUACGAUCUGUGUCCUGCAGCUACGUUACCAGAAAUAAUUCACCAAAUACAAAAAGCCGCAAAAUUCGUCUUCGAAUACGCCGAAAAGAUGGGGUCAAGAGGCGUAUAUUUCGCCGGGCACUCAGCUGGUGCGCACCUGGUGGCUAAGUUGUUAGCGAACGCCGACUUCCUUGACAACACGCCAGGCACGCAGCGUCUACAGGGAGCUUUUCUCAUUUCGGGGGUGUACGAUUUACGAGAGCUAGUACACACCUCAAUCAAUGACGCCGUUCAAUUACCGGCCGAGUGGGCUGUACCCCUCUCUCCCCAAUUCGACUGUUUCGUUCAUUUGCAAGUGCGAAGGGUUAGAGUAUUCAUUUUGGCGGGUCAAAACGAUAGCCCGACGUUCAAGAAACAAUCGAGAGAGUUCUUUGAACUACUACAUAACACUUGCCUUAUGCAAAAUAUGUACUUGGAAAUAAAAGACGACAUGGACCAUUUCGACAUUGUCGAGUGUUUCGCUAACAAUGACAAUUAUCUAAAGAACUUGAUGGUGCAUGACGUUCGUAAACAUUUAUAA